AAGAUGAAACUUUCAAGAGGUUUUGUACUGUGUGUGCAUGUGGUGUGAUUUUGUCAAAAGGCAUUAAAAUAGUCAUUUAAAACAAAACAAAAAAAGGGAUAGUUUGGUCCUGGAUGCUGAUUAGUCAAUAUAGCAUUCCAGCCAUGCUAAAAUAUAUCUGUAUAUAGUAAAUAACAGAUAUGACAUAAAACAUCUGUUCCCCUAGUGGCUGUGUAUAUAUGACUGUUCAUAUGUCAGGUCCUUAACUUUUUAGUUUGAAGUAUGACACUAUAUUAAUUUGCUUACCUGAUGCUUUGAAAAAAAAAAACAAGAAAUGUGUCCUUAAUAUCUUUGUAUAGUUUGUAUAUUCAUUUUUAUUACUUUAUUUUUAGUAACACUUUCUUAUUAGCUUUUCUAACUCAAAUUUCUUGUUAGCCUGCUGUAUUUACAGUGUGAUGAAACUAUCUGGUUAAGACAACCUUUGUGAUCAUUAGUACCAGAUUAUAGACAGCAUUGAAAUGUUACAGUUCUCAAACCUUUAGAGAUGGAUAUGGGUUUGACCUUAAUUAGUCUGUAUGGAUUUUAUUGUAAGAGGAAAUUCAAUGAGGAACAACGGGUAACUAUUCCCUUGAGCUCAAUUAUUAGCAGAACUUAUGUUCUCAUAAAAAGAAAAGGGGGGUUAUUUUGUAACUGCUGGCUUGACUAAAAUGGAACCGAUCUGAACUGAGCUGCGUGAUACUGUUACAUAUGAAAGUAACACUCUUUUAGCUGUAAUCUUUCUGAUGUAUGUGACAUCCUACUUCUAUCACUGUGUCAAGUUUUCACUGUGAGGUUUACCACAACCAUGAACAUGGGUGGAGCUUAUGGUGUGAGACACACACAAAGCAUCAUCAAGAGUACCGUCACUUUUAAGCUCAAAUUGAACUUUAAUGUGACUGAAAUUGGUGCCUUGAACAUUUCAUACAUCACAGGAGCAAAGGUGAAUCUCACUGUUGGCGACGUGAAGUACAGGACAGAUUCGUAAUGAGGAGUGUCAAUUACCCCACACGUGAACCUGCAGUGUGUGGAGGUGUUUGGAGCAGCUUUCAGAGAUGCUCAGUCUUUUCUUCAUGUAGGAGGACAUUUUGAAGACACCACAUCAGGGUUACAGAAACAUAGCUAAAAUGGAGGAGCUUGUAAUAGAACAGAUUUCCUGAACAGGUCCAUCACUAUUCUGUUGGACCAAUGAUGAUGAAAGAAUCAAAAGAUGAAUUCACAACCAGUGAGAACAGAGAAAAUAAUGCUAGCACGGUACCCAAUGGGGUCUUCAAAGAUGAGUCAAAACUCCUGAGUCUGCUGAAAGGUUUACGGAUGUGUCAGGAUGCGUGGGCUCCCAAAAGCCCCUGGGACAGUCAUGGAGCUCACGCCGCUCUGUGGGGCAGACCUGCUGGGAGUUUCCUGGUGGUCCAAGACUCUUUGUCUCAAGACCAGCUUCUGUGCGUGUCUGUGGGGGACAGAGGGGAGCCAGUCAAAGAUUUCCCUGUCUUAACCACUGGAACAGCUCUUCGCUUGACGGCAUCACACCUGGCUUUCCCUGAUCUCUUUCAACUGCUGCACUUCUACACUGUGAGCAGGGAUGUUUUGCCUGUCUGUUUAUUGGUUCCCGCAUGGGUUUACACCCUUAACAGUCUACCAGAUCAUCUUGUUCCUCUGCUUGGUCCAAAGACCUGGCUGUGCCCCUCUUCAGAUCCGCUGAUUAGCAGUAUGACUCCAGAAACACAAGACAUAGCAGAAACGCCAGAAACAGUCAUGUGCACUAUACAGGUUACAGCUGCCAGUGGUGCCAUGUGCUUCAUCAAUCCCUUGUACCUUCAAGAACAUGGUGAUGAUUGGCUGACUCAUUCUUCAGCCAGCACAGUAAGUCUUCCAAUGAACUUGAGGCGAGAGAAGCGGUUAAGUACCACGAGAGCAUGGGCAGGGAGAGGACUCAAACAGAGGUCAUCUACACUAUCUGACGACAACUCUAGCAGCUUUGACCGUGACAGAGGAUCAUUUGAGAAGAAUCCAGAUUCUCCAGUUACCGCAGGUGGAGUUGUUCUUCGAAGGGCGAGUGGCGCCAGCAAGGAAGAUCCCAUAAAAAGAGCAAGUGUUGACUCCAUUCAAAGCCCUCUUCCUCAGUCACCACACCGUGUGUCGUGGAUAGAAGACAAGAUAUGGCUGAACUCGUCACUUCCUUCCUCUCUGCUUCAACCCCCCGGCUUAGAGCUGGACUCGCUGUCAGUCAGCAGUAUAGAGGAGGAGUCUGAACCAGCUUUAAGCCCCUCCCCAUCCCUGCCUUCGCCCCGCUUCCAGCUGGCAGAUAAGAUGAAGAACCGCCUCUCUGCCGUGGGUCAGGCUCUAGGUGGACUUGUGUCGCCACAGCGGAGACUGAGUAAACGUGCUCAGGAGAUGGCGGAACGGAGGGGUGGGGCUUUUGCAGAUGCUGUCAGGGGAUUUGUUGAGCAAACUCUUGCAAGCAGGGUCAGUCCUGGAGUGACCUGCACUGAGAUGCUGCAGGAAGUGCGUUUGUCUCUCACUGCUUUGAGGGAAACCCUAUUUGAUUGUCCAGAGAUCCAAAGCAUCACAGACAGCAUCGGAGACACUCCGGAUUUUGAGCUGGAUGCUAUGUUGGAGCUUGCCUUACAUAAAGUAGCUCUGAAGCCAGUUUACUCUCACCUUUACGUAUGUCUAAAGACAGCGCGCAGGGAUGAUGACACUCUGCAGCGUUUAGAGGCCAACAAGAGCACCCUGGAGAACCGCAGCCUGGAGGAGCUGGAGGGCGCAGCAGGGGCCGGGGUACCUGAUUCCAGCAUGAUGGAAAAGAUCCAGCAACGCUGGACCACAAUGCAUGAGGCCUAUUCACCCAGUAAAAAAGUUGACACCCUGCUCAAAGUCUGCAAGAAUAUCUACCAUAGUAUGAAUGCUAAUGCCAAGCCUGGUACGGUCUUUGGGGCAGAUGACUUCCUGCCAUGCCUGACAUGGGUGUUGCUGCGUAGUGAUGUAGCUACGCUUCAGGUUGACACUGACUACAUGAUGGAGCUGCUAGACCCCAUGCAACUACAAGGAGAGGGUGGGUACUACCUUACGUCUCUCUACGCUGCCCUUUUUUACAUUAGCAGCUUCCGGCCUCGUCUAGCGAAGCGGCAACUUAGCGCAGAAGCACACAGGUCUCUUAGCCAAUGGCACCGCAGACGCACACUGCACUGCAACCAAUCACGCCGCAGCAGAAAUCGAAGGACCAUCCGGAGACACGGGCUGGCAGAUGGAAGCCGUAAAACAUCAGACGAACAGAACUCUUUGAAUGCGAGCACAGAGUCCAGCAGUCUGACUGACGUCAUGCCAGCCUCCUCUAACGUGCAAGAAACACUCCAGGGUUUGGAUGAAGAGUUAGAGGCGGUAAAGGAAGAAGAGGAGGGACAACAAAUACAGUCACCAGAGACGUUGCACCUCACCAGUUCUAAAACAGAAGAUAAAGUGGGAGGUGAUGGAGUAAGCUGGAAAGAAGAUAACUAAAAUGAAGAAUGAGGAAAUGGUGAAGGCAAAGCCUGUUACUCAAAUUUCACCUCAAAUCAUGCAACUUAAACUUAAGAUUUCAGAUUUCUGAUUUUCACUUGUUGGAUGAUAAAAUGAGUGGGGGAAAAACACCCUGGCAAUCAUCCACAAUACCCUAACAUCAUGGUUGUGGCUGUUGCAUUGGCAGGCUGCACUCACAUUCUCUUCAGAAGUAUCUAAAUUAAAAAUAUAGUUUUUUUAUCAUAUCAUUUUCAAAUACAUACUGUACUUUGCUUGACAUGGGCCAGUAUGCAACCCCUCUAUAGCAACCACUGUAGCACGGUUAUGCUAAAUUAAAUUGAGAAUGCCUUUUGAGUGAAUAUGGACUGAAUUUAAACUGCUGAAAGUAGUUUCUAAUAAUAUGUUUUUUCACCGCGAAUUACUCAUGCACUUCACAUUUUCUAUAUACAGUAUAUUGCUUUAUAUUUAAUAAAUUAACUUUCAUUUGAAUGACAA